AUGGCUACUGCUAACUUCCUUGUCUUGGUUUCUGCGGCUUUAUGUGUUGUCGCUUCUCCAACAUUGGAUGUUAGACAAUCUUCUACGGCAAGUCUCCCUUCCGGGUGGGCACCAUUCGGAUGUUACAGUGAUUCAACAUCAUCACGAACCCUUCGUGUAGCAUCCUUCACCGAUAUUACAGGCAUGACCGUUGAGUCAUGUAUAGCGUUCUGCACUCCUGCAGGAUAUAAUUUUGCAGGUCUUGAAUUCGCUCGAGAAUGCUAUUGUGACAAUAUCAUCGAGCCUCCAGCGGUUGUUAUCGACAGCAGCAAUUGCGCAACACCUUGUACAGGCAAUGCCAAUGAAAUCUGUGGUGGUUCAAACGCUAUUACAAUCUUUCAGCAUACUGCAGCCUCGAAUCCACCAACCCCCACGACAACCACGACAACGACAACGACAACGCCGACUCCAGUUGCCAGCAUCAAGCAGUCCGUCGGCACCUUCCAAUAUAAAGGAUGCUUCCAGGAUCGUCCUGCUAACCAACCGCGUGCUCUCGGGACUCAACUGACAAUCUCUGGAGUCACCGCUGAAACAUGUACCGCUGCAUGCAAAGCUGCGGGAUUUGCACUAGCCGGGUUGGAAUUUGGACAGGAAUGCUGGUGUGCAACCUUCAUGUCACUAGUCUCGCCAUUGCCCGACUCGCAAUGCAACAUGGUUUGCGUUGCAGAUAGCACCGAGCUUUGCGGCGCAGGAAAUGUCCUUGCCGUAUACCAGGACACCACGGCUACUCCUCUUGAUCAGAAUACAUGCCUUUCCCUUGGGAUUCUCUUCCCAGGAGCAGGCGGUGUACCAGACUUUAAUUUCAAUCUUCUGAUGGUACCAUCAAGCGGGACUGGAACAAAUGUUCUUCUUGGAGUCGUGUUUAAUACUACGAUCCCCAUCAACCAGAGCGUUUUCAAACUUACAGGUAGCCUUCCCCAAACUAGUCCUGGACAUUCUUUCUCCAUUUCCGGAGGUCAGGGUGCAGUUGGUGCCAACUCCGGAGGAGUCGACGCUGGUUUCUCAAUCCCGCUAAUCGCCGGACAAGCAGUAUUAUUCGACUUCGUCAACUUCAGCACUAACAUAUGCAUGAAGCCUAAUCCAAUCGGUUCCUUUGGACCAUUCAUCGGGCCGCCGGUGCUUUCCGUCAAUGGACAGGCCAAUCCUUGGGCAUCUUGCGCGACAGAGCCAUUGACACCCAUAUUCUCACCCACCGCGGCCAAUGGCGUAUGCACGAGCGUUUUCCUGGAGAUGCUUCCCCCAUCUAUCGCUUAA